AUGGUAGAAGAUUCAAAACCUAAAACAUAUACUUAGAAAUUACAGAAAUAGAAACAGAAAUAAAAAUUGCAUUAGAAGAUUCAAAAUAAUGAUUCUGAUGAUGAAUUUUUAAACUAAAUGAUACUUAAGAAUCAAGAAAAUCAGAAAUUGUAAGAGAUCUAAGAAUAGAAAGAAAAAGAAUAAUUAUAGAUCAAAUAAUAAAAAGGACCUGCUUAUAAUAUUGAUUAACCUUUAAUAUAUUCCUCAUUUGUUGAUAAUACCCAUCUUAGAAAUUUAAAUAAUUGGUAAGAAAAGGAAUUCAAAUUAUAAACAUAACCACCAACUAUACCAAUUUCUUAGUAAUUUAAAGAUUAAAAUUUCCCAAUUUCACAUGAGAUUCCAUAUUUGGGAGAGAAAUCAACAAGAAUAAGUUCAGAUGAAAUGAGAGAGAAAGAUCAAAUUCAUGAGAAAUAAUUAAAAGCUUUACGUAAAGCUGCUGAAUGUCAUAAACAAGUAAGAUAAUAUACACAAUAAAAAUUAUUAAAACCAGGAAUGAAGUAAAUUAUUAAUUAAAUAUUCUAAGAUUAAUUGAUAUAUGUGAAUAAUUGGAAGAUAUGAAUAGAUAUCUUAUUGAAGCUAAUGGAUUAGAAGCAGGUAUUGCAUUUCCAACAGGAUGUUCUUUGAAUUUUUGUGCUGCACAUUGGACACCAAAUCCAGGAGACAAUACUGUUUUAGAUUAUAAUGAUGUUUGUAAAUUAGAUUUUGGUACUUAAGUUGAUGGAUGGAUUAUUGAUUCUGCCUUUACUGUAGCUUUCAAUCCUCGUUAUGAUAAACUUUUAGAAGCUUCAAAAGAUGCUACAAAUACUGGUAUCAAAACUGCAGGUAUUGAUGUAAGAUUAGGUGAUGUUGGUGCAGCUAUCCAAGAAGUUAUGGAAAGCUAUGAAAUUGAAUUAGAUGGUAAAAUUUAUAAAGUUAAAUCUAUCAAAAACUUAUGUGGACAUUAAAUUUGUUAAUAUAAAAUACAUGGAGGUAAAAGUGUACCUAAUGUUAAAAAUAAUGAUAAUACUUUAAUGAAGGAAGGUGAACUUUAUGCUAUUGAAACAUUUGCAUCAACUGGAAAAGGAGUUGUUUAUGAUGAUUUAGAAUGUUCUCAUUAUAUGAAAGAUUUCUAUGCUAAACAACCAAUUAUAAAAAAUCCAAAAGCAAAAUCAUUAUUGAAUCAUAUAAAUCAAAAAUACGACACUAUUGCCUUCUGUAAAAGAUAUUUAGAACGUGAUAAGCAAUCUAAUUAUCUUUUAGCCCUUAAAAAUUUGUGCGAUCUUGGAAUCAUCAAUGCGUAUUUUAUAUAUAUCUAUCUUAUUUAGUUUGCCACCACUUUGUGAUAUUAGAGGUUCAUAUGUUGCUCAAUAUGAACAUACCUUGUUUUUGAAGCCUAGUUGCAUCGAAAUCUUAUCCAAAGGAGAUGAUUACUGAA